AUGAAAGACCGCCUCCAAGAGCUUAAACUGAGAGCUAAGGAACUACAGAUAGCUGGAGAAAAUAAUAGUGCAACUGCACAAGAUGAUGAGCAGGAGGAGUUUGAACAGCAGGCCAUUAUUUAUGAAAAAGAGCCCGUAACUGAAAGGCACUUGCAUGAAAUUCAGAAGCUUCAGAAUGAAAUUAAUACUUUGGUGGAGGAAGUUCAUAAAUUCAGUCAACAACAAAAAAGCCUAGUAUCUUCAAUGAGAAGAUUCAGUGUUCUGAAAAAGGAAUCUAACAUAGCAAGAGAAAUAAAAAUUCAAGCAGAGCAUAUACGAAAAUGUUUGGAUGAACUGUCAAAAACAGUGAAAAAAGCUGAAAAUGAACAUGGGCCGUCACGUGCCACAGUAAGAAUUCUAGCUUCCCAGCACGCUUUCUUAUCCCAGCGUUACCUAAAUGCUAUGCUCUCCUACAACGAUGCUAUAACUGCUAAGCAAGAGAAAUGCAGAAGAUUUAUUGUGCGUCAGCUUGAAGUAGCUGGUAAAGAGGUAUCUGAGGAAGAAGUCAAUGACAUGCUCCAGCAAGGGAAAUGGGAGAUUUUCAAUGAAAAUCUGCUCACUGAAGUCAAAAUUACCAAAGCUCAGCUUUCGGAGAUUGAACAGAGACACAAAGAACUCGUCAAUCUGGAGAACCAGAUCAAAGACUUAAAGGAACUUUUUAUCCAGAUAUCAGUUUUGGUCAAGGAGCAAGGGGAGAUGAUGAACAACAUUGAAAUCAGUAUGAACAACACUCAAGAAUACACUCAAGUAUCUAAAGAAAAAUUUGGGCUUGCAGUCAAGUAUCGAAAAAGAAACCCUUGCAAAGCACUAUGCUGCUGGUGUUGUCCAUGCUGCAAAUGA